UCUUAAAAAUUAUAUAAAACAUACGAUCUUUAAUAAAGUCUUACCCAAAGAUUAUUAAAAACGAUAUGUUUACCAGCGAGCGGUUACUGUAGCGAAUCACUAAGUAUGAUAUAUCCACAUUUCUUCUGAUAAAUAGCGUUCUCUAGUAAAGGGGACCCAGUUUUCCCAGCUUAGUGGGGUACCUGAAUAAAAAAAGUAAAAUAUCUCUGCUGCGCUUCGCGUAGCAUAGUGCAGUCUGCGUGGCAAGCGAAUACGAGAACAACGCAUUUUAUAUUUGUGCGAAUCAAAGAAAAGAUCGUUUAAAUAUUUUGUGAAAAUCGUCAAAAAGUUUUUCGAUAUAUAUGAUUUCGCAUAUUAGUGAAAUGUUUGUGUAAUUAAUAUAAGCGAAUCUCGUAAAAACAAUAGCCUCACUUUAAUAAUGUUAUAGUAAGUUAAUAAUAAUAUAAUACACACACAAAUGUAUGAUAAUUGUGGAAGUAAUGUGAGUGAGAAUCGUCUAUCAUAUCUAAGCUUUGUUGUAAUAAGAUAACAUAUAUUUCAUAUAAAUCAACAUAAAUCCAUUCUAAACUCGAAAACAUGGUUGGGACAAAAUUAUUCAUUUACAAUAUUAUUAUUUGGCUGGUAACAUCACCAAAACUGUUAAUUCAGGCUGAAGAGAAGCUAAAUAACACACAAAUAGGUUUUAAUAAAACGCAAAGUUUAAAAAUCCUCCCGGGAAUCAAAUUUUUGUUGACGGAUGAUAAAAUCAUCAUCCAUGUGAAAAUUCAAGACUUAUUACAAGGGACGGAAAUACAGAGUUCAAGAAGCAAGAAAAAUUCUUUAAAGAAAUUUGGAUACAUGAUGAUGAUGGCGCCGUUUGUUAUGCAGAUAUUUUCCCUACCGGGUGCCAUAGCAUCUGUCAAAAUGUCACUCUUAAAGACUAUUAUGGUGGCGCAAUUAGCAAUCGCAAUAAUGAUUUACAAUUUGAUCAGAAAUGCGCAAAAUUCGGAGGUAGUUGUGAUUCACAAAAAAAAGCAUCCAGCGCAUUAUCAUCAUAAUUACAAUUAUCAAAAAGAUGACGAAGAUGAAUGGUUUGGUAGAUGAAGUAUAUAAAUGAAUGUACAAUAA